AUGAGUAGCAAAGCCUUUGAUCACAAUUUUAAGCUUGUUAUGGUUGGUGAUAGCGCCACCGGAAAGAGUAGUAUUAUUACGCAGUUUACUGAGGAUGAAUUCAAAGAACAAAUUUCCCCUACAAUUGGAGUUGACUUCAAGGUAAAAUUCUUGACAGUCAAUAAGAAAAAAGUCAAGCUGACAAUUUUUGAUACAGCAGGUCAAGAACGAUUUAGAACACUAACAUCCAGUUAUUACAGAAAUUCUCAUGGAAUUAUUCUCGUUUAUGAUGUCACCAGAUUCGAGACAUUUGAAAAUUUGAGAAAUUGGCUGAAAGAAUGUGAUCUCUAUUCAACAUUUGAAGAUUGUGUAAAAUUAUUAAUUGGAAAUAAGAUAGAUCUUAAGGAUGACAGAAAGGUCACCGCAGAACAGGCUCAUAACUUUGCAAAAUCAAACAACAUGGUCUACAUUGAAACAUCUGCAAAAACUAAAGAGAAUGUCGAUAAGGCCUUUGAGGAAGUUGUUUAUCAAAUUCUUAACACGAGCAACUUACUGGAAAGUACUGAACCGGUUCGCAACAAGCCACAAUCCUCUGACAAUGUCAACAUCUCCAAUACAGAGCCGAGUUCUACUGACUCCUAUGGGGGUGGUUGUUGCUGGUAA